AAUACUAGAAGCCUAUUACAUUAGAAUAGAGAAGGAGAAAGAAGAUGGACUUAUUUCACAUUCCCUUUUCUAUGUUUUUCUAAACAGUAAAAGACAUUUUUUUAGCCUACAUCUGAUCUAAGCCCCAUCUUUCAAUUUAUUUUUUAUUAGACUUUUUUUUUUUUUUACCUGUGAUACACAUUUUAGCACAAGUUUCACAAACAACAACACACAAGUGAGUACAACUUUUUGAAAACAAUUCGUUUUGUUGUUUUACGGGACUUUUCUUGUCGCCCUCUAGCGGUCUUUUUAGAACAUACUUUAGUGUUCGUAUAAAAGAAAACUACGUUCUUACAUAAUCAUCUUUUUUUCUACGUGAAAAAAAUAAUCACUUUUUAUUUAAACGAACACAAAAAAAAACUUUAAACGAAUUAUUUAAGGGUCAUGAACUGCGCACGCGCUGAACGGUCAAACCGCAUUUAAUAGCUGCGCCGCGCGCGGCCGAGCUGUUGCGAGGGGCGCUCAGAUCGGAGCCGCGCGCGCGCAGGAAGGCUGACGAGCACCGCCGAGGGUCGUGACGUCACGGAUCCGCAGCGAGAUGCAAAAAGAAUCUCUUCCUGUGGACGGUAAAACAUCAAUGUCGGACCCGCCGCCUCAAAAUCUAGAGGAUUUUUUUCUAACCACACCCGGCUCCUUUCUGGAUCAAAGAUCAGCGGCGAGGGUUUUCCAUCUGGUUCCAAAUGUCGGGCCCGGUUUAUAGGCUCAAGGGGAAUUAGUGAACGCAGCGUCCCGGAGCCACCGGCGGGAUGAGCGGAGGGGUGGAGCCAGCAGACAUCCUGAGCGUGCUCUCCCUGGUUAAAGAGCGAUGGAAAGUGGUGAGGAAAAUAGGGGGUGGCGGAUUUGGGGAAAUCUACGAGGCCAUGGACCUGCUGACGCGGGCCAGCGUGGCGCUGAAGGUGGAGUCGGCCCAGCAGCCCAAACAGGUCCUGAAGAUGGAGGUCGCCGUGCUGAAGAAGCUCCAGGGUAAAGACCACAUAUGCCGCUUUGUGGGAUGCGGCCGCAACGACCGCUUCAACUACGUAGUGAUGGAGCUUCAGGGUCGAAACCUUGCAGACCUGAGGAGAAGCAUGCCGCGUGGGACCUUCAGCAUCAGCACCACCCUCCGUUUGGGGCACCAGAUCCUGGAGGCAAUAGAGAGCAUCCACUCCGUGGGCUUCCUGCAUCGGGACAUCAAGCCGUCCAACUUCGCCAUGGGCCGCUUUCCCAGCACCUGCCGGACCUGCUACAUGCUGGAUUUUGGUUUAGCUCGCCAGUUCACGAAUUCAUGCCAGGAGGUCCGACCUCCCCGCCCAGUGGCCGGCUUCAGGGGAACGGUCCGCUACGCCUCCGUAAACGCACACAAGAAUAAGGAGAUGGGUCGCCAUGACGACCUGUGGUCUCUCUUCUACAUGCUGGUGGAGUUCCUGGUGGGCCAGUUGCCGUGGAGAAAGAUCAAAGAAAAAGAGCAGGUGGGGAAGCUGAAGGAGACCUACGACCACUGCCUCAUGCUCAGACACCUGCCGGCAGAGUUUGGCGUCUUCCUGGACCACAUUUCCAACCUUGACUACUUCACUAAACCCGACUACCAGCUGCUGAUGUCGGUGUUUGACAACAGCAUGAAAACCUACAACGUUGUGGAAAACGACCCCUAUGACUGGGAGCGGACCAGCACAGACGGGACGGUCACCAUCAGCGCCAGUACUACAACCCCGCAGCAUCACACCCGCCUCACGCCGGCUCACAUGGGCAUGGCGAACGCUUCUCUCAUCCCCGGCGACCUGAUGAGGGAGAACACGGACGAGGUUCUGCAGGAUGAGCAGCUCAGCGAUGCAGAGAACAACGCCGCUCCCGACCGCCUGCUGGCCUCUCCUCUGCAUCCGCUCCGCAACCAGGAGGCCGAUGUUUGGGAGGAGCUCGACCGCAACCGUAACCGCAUCAGGGCAGCGGUCUGGAAGGGGGCAACUGAAGAGGAGCAAAGCAACAACCAUGGCAAUGCAGGACACCAGAGCCCCCACGGAGGCCCGACUCUGGGCUCUCCGGUCAAACUCCACUCCGAGGUGGCGGCCUCAGACCGAGACGGCGCCCUCCUGAGGAAGCUCCGCAACAUACACAGCUUUGACCUAGAGAGGAGGCUGGGCGUGGACUCCAAGCCCAGCCCAGAGCGUUUUCUGGAUUCUUGUGUUCAGAAGCAGCAGAUGAGCAUCCAGAACCAGGAGAAGGAGGCCGCUGUUUUCCCAGUCCCUCAGGAUCAUGUUGUGACUGCCGGAGAGUACCGUGAUGGGGUCUGGCACUAUGAGGAGGAAUUCCUGGCGAGAGGGGGUUCUCCUAAGCCGCCCUCCCCAGGAUCUUUGGAGCAGGGAGAAGGGGCAGCCAGCAGCGGGGGCUUUGUGGCCCUGAACUUGAGCUCUGGGAGGCAAGACGUUGACUCAAAGGAGUGGGUAAUGGUGGAGCGGCCCAGCGGCUCCCCGGAAGGAAAGGCCACAAGGAGCCCCUCGGAGGAGGACGAGGAGCCGGAGGUGCUUCGGCCGCAGGAACAGUUUCCUGGCUGGGACAAGGGCAGCCCGAGUCCCGGCUCUGACAAAGCUAAACAGGAAAGCUCCUCUUCCUCGAAGGGAAAAAUGGACAAGCUGGAGCUUAGCGUGGCCCCUGUGGGUGCCCCCCCUCCCAUUACUCCCACCAGUCCAGCCGAAGCUCUGGCAGAGGGAGUCCUCACCCAGCUCCCCACCUCUCCUCCGUCCCUGCCGGAGGAGGUUUUGGUCCGGACCUCCAGCCCCAUCCCUCUGCGCUCCCCCAGCCCUCACACCCUCCUGACCACCCUGUCGGACCCGCUGCAGCAGCGCCAGCCGGCGGGCAUGAGGCGCAGCCAGUCCGUGGACCAGCAGCAGCAGCAAGCGUCCUCCCGUCCUCAGCCAACAAGCCCCGCCCCCGCCGCCCGCUCGCCCAGUCGCAGGAAACUGCCGGCCAUCCCUCCCGGUGCCGCCAACACCAAGUUUCCCUCAGUCAUACGCAUCACCCGCGCCCAGCUCCAGCAGCUGACAGCUCAGCGUCCGUCCGGCCCGUCCUCUCCGUCAGGAUCAGACACGACUCCUCAGUGUCUCCUCCUGGAGAAGCGCGGUGAUGCUGGAGCUGAGGCUCAGCAGUACCAAGAGCCGACCUCCCCCCGCGACCCUGAACUCACCCAGCCGGGGACAUCGCCUGACCCCCCCGUCAUUGGAGCUGGCCACGGCAAAGCUCAAAGCCCCGCAGGGAGCCGUGUGUCCUCGCCGUCCUCUCCUCGCUCGCCUCUCAGCCCCGUCCCACCCCACGACCGCCUCUCCCCCUCCACCAGCCUGCAAAAGGCUUCCAGUAACGGAGCUUUGUCCAAUCUGAAAGACCCCGCCGAUGAUUCCCCUCGCAGCGCGACAGAGCCUCAGCUCAAGGAGGAAGAAAACUCUGCCGCGAAACAGCCAAUCGGCGCUUCCUCCAUCCGGAAAGACCCCACCCGCAGGCAGAGUCGAAUCCCUGUGCUCGAACCCUGCACCGCCACCCCCGGAUCUGCCAAGGAAAAGCUCCUGCAGAAAAAAGCUAGCCACCAGGGCCCGGCGCCCUCCCCCACCGCCUCGCCCUCGCUCUCUGAUAAGCGGGGCGCCAUCAUAGCCACCCUGGCCCGGGAUCCGUUGUCCUCCGCCUCCGACCGCUCUCAGGAUGAGGACUCCCUCAUGGGCUCCCGCUCCGACCGACAGGUGGACGACGCUCAGUCUCUGUCCUCCUCCUCCAGCCCCCUCUCCCGCAAGAGCAGGAUCCCCCGCCCCGUUCAGUCCGCCGCCUCUGCCGAGCAGCUGGCCACCCACUUCCUGCCUAGUCCGCCCCCGGGGAGGCCACCAAGCCGUCCAGGAGCGGAGGGCAGGCUGCGGCGCUAUCGCAUCAGAGUCGGCAGCACAGGUGAUGCUGACAUCCUGUCGUGCCUGGCUCAGCUAAUGCACAGCUCCCGCGGCUCCCCGGUUCACCAGCGCUCCUCAUCGCAGCACGGAGGCUCCAGGAUGGGAAUCGGCAGCCUGACCGGCUCCCCGCACCACCACCACCGCAGCUCCAGCGGCUCCCCGCGCAGCUCCUCCUCCCUGCAGCGCUCCGUCAGCUCCUCGCCGUCCCACCACGAGCACCGAGGCGGCGCGGGAGGCGCCUGCUUGGGUCGCAGUCACUCGCCCCCCAGCUUCUCGGGGUCGCCGCCUCCCCGCCGCUUCUACCUUCACCACCAGGAGACGUGCUGCAGCCGGCAGGCGCGCGCAGCCGCCUUCCAUCUGUCCAGGGGGAAGGCCGGCUGCAGCCGAGAGGGCAAAUGCUCCUCCAAGCUGAGCAGAUAGUGGAGCAGACACUCAAACUGGAAAUCUAGCUUCCCCUGGUAGAUCCACUGCGACAUGUAGGUCAUUGUGUUUUAGGCUGUACUCUAAUAUUUUAGUUUGGCAGUAGGACGCCUUUCAAACGGCAGAAAAAGCUUCUUUUCAUCUGUUUUUUAUGGAGGGAAAUCUUUCUAGAACAAUCUAUUUGUUCCCAGGAUAAACUGACUCUAUGUUUGAGUCUUGGUUAGACCAGAGAGAAGCAGAGAAGCAACCUUUCACUUGAUGGGUGUGAGAACCCUCACUGACCACUCCUGCAGCACAAUAACACAGCAACUUCUAUAUCCCCAGUAUUCAUGAUUGCACUUGGGUCCCCGAUGGAUGAAUCUGGAGGUAGCAUGCAGGGUAUAGCGGCUUCUGUAGGCCACACUCUGAAGCAGGUUACUUAUUUUUAUUUUUGAUUAUUUUGAUGCUUUGCGAAGCUUCCUGCUGCUUUGCCCCCAACCACAGAUGGGUCCCCCGCGCGAGUUUGUAGCGUCUCAUUCCGAGGGUUCGACCCUUUAAACAAUCAGCCGUGCGAAGCGUGUGAGGACGCACGCCUUUCUGUGCCUAAAGCGAUGCCAAGAGGGAGUGGUUAUGUCACGCCGGCUUCUGCAGCCGCAGGAGAAGCCGUCAUCCUAACCAACACGAGGCGUUCGUCUCCGCGUGUGCCUUGGCACUUCGGGGGAGUCUGCAAUUGAAAGAGAAGGAGCCAAAACCAGAUGUGUGCCAGUCAUUGUAAGAUAACCCCCCUUUAUUUUUAUUUUUUCAAAGUAGCGGGACAGAUGAUUUUUGUAAGUUGAAGAUAAAAGUAGCUUUGGUGGUGAAAGAGAGAGCCACAGCUUUCCUACAUCAAGUCAGUGUGUGACAAACUUUUUCAUUCAUGGAGGUUUCAGAUCUUUAAAAAAAAAAAGCACUAUUUUGUGUCGCAGAAAACGUGGGCCAUGUGUACAGGCGGUCGUCUCAUCAAAACAGCGUUCCAGGGCAUCGCUUUAGCUCUCCCACAGAACUGCGUCCCACUUAUAAGAUGCUGUAAAUUAACCUCAACUCCCUUCUGCUGCUGCAUCCUUUCCAGAACAAGAGAGUAAAAAUGCACUUACUCCUCAACAGUCUUGUUAUUCCUAAUUGUUCUGCUGAAGAAUGAGUUUUUUUCAUCAAUUCAUCUGUCUGACACUCUAUACAAUUAGCAGAAAUGUAGACAAAUAAGACAUGUGACAUUCUUUUACAGCGUUUCUGAGCAAAGUUCCAAUUUCAACCUUGCUGUGUAGCAGCAGGGGGCGGAGUCGGGUGUUUUUCUCCAUCACACACUUUUCUUGGAAGUGUGCCUAAGCGUCAACCUUUGACUUCCGCAUUGAAGCCAACUUGGUGACUGAGCCUGGGUGCAGUUCAGCGAGUAACCACCAGGGCAAACAAAUCACUGGUCAGUUUCUUGUAAAUUGGCGAAAUUAAGAAAACUUGAACCUGGUUUUAAAACCACUUCGUCUCUAGCUUGAUUUAAAAUCUGUGGUAGUUCUUCUGGGAUUCAUUUUUAAAACAUUAAGCGCUAUUUAUUUUUAAUUUUACUGUGAAAUUGCACUAGCAGGAGCAGGUAUUUUUUUUUCUUUCUGAAAUAUAACCGUGGAUCAAAUCAGUUCUCCAGUAGAUGGACUGGACCAAGAUCAGGCUUGUUUUUUCCCCGCUUACUUGCCCAUAUUUUUUUAAAGGGACAAGGUGCAGAGGCGUUCUGCACAAACCUGGAAAUGAAAUGCGUCACAUGACGACGUCCACCCCUUACUCAGUAAUUGGCUGUGCCUUUUUUUUUUUUUUUAAAGUCCGAGCAUGGUUUGAAGUGGGUCUGAUGUCCCAGUUCCAUCAAAUCUGAGUGGUUCGUUGACUUUUAGACCUAAACAAGGCAACAGGGUUUCCAUGGCGACUUGAUCUUUGCAUCAGCCUCCUGACCUGAACAGGAAUGUGUUUUGUUUUUUUUCUCUCUGUAUACUUUCUUCAGUCCCUGUAGGGAUUAUUAAAUGAGGAGAAGGUUUGAUGGGAGCUUCUUAAAGACAUAACCGCACUUAAAGGGAGAAAAUACAUGCUGACAGAAUUUUGCAGAGACGAGUUAAACAGUGUUUUCUUGGACUGGAAAAGCCUCACAGAGCAGCUACCAUGACUCAUCCUGAAGGCAGACAGUGUUCAGUCAGUCGGCUGCCUUAAUGUCUUUUCUCUACCCCUCUCCGCGUGCUGAGGGAUGACUGAGCCUUGUCUGUGCUGGAGAUCAUUCCACUGUUCGGCCAAGCUAAGCCUUCUGACUCCUGUGCGUGCGUCACUGCACAGAGAAACAGCGAUGAAGCGAAAAACGAGAGUGGGAGUUUCACCAACAGUGUGGUGGAGAAUUUCUUUUUUUUUUUAAAUUAAGUGUUGUGUUUUGUCAUAAGAAAACCCUGUGCUUGCAAACAGGGCUGAGCUGAGGCGCACAGAUUUCAACAAUCCUUUCAGAGUUCAGAACACUGUUCCUCUUAUUAUUUAUACUUGUAAUAUAUUUCAAAAUUACUAUUUAAAAAGUAUUGUAACUUAUGCGCUAAAAGGCUACAAAGAAACGAAGGAGCUGACACUAAACAUGGCUGCUGGUUUUUCACGAUAAUCAGAUUUCUUCAUGUUUAUUAUUAUUAUUAUUAUUAUUGCACAUAGGUGGUGUGUAGUCUUAGUAUUUGUGCUACCUAUUAAAGUAAAUUUACUUUGUCCCUUUUCAAAGAACAGACAGAAAGCUGUCAUAUUUAUAGUAGCUUGUCGACGGAGCCGACAGGACAAGCCAAGCUGUUUUAUUUUGAAAUGUUUAAUGGAAACUAAUAAAAGCUUUGAUGUCCACAUAUGUAUUUUUUCCCAUUGUGUCAUUAAAUGUAUCGCUCAUAAUUACAGAUAUUAUUAGAUCCUUUUCACAUCUGUUUGUUUAUUGUAAAACUGAUUUUUUUAAACAUUUUUGUUUGUUUUUAACUUUUUUGAAAAACAACUGUACAGUCUUGAGAAAAGGAAUGUAACAAGUGGCAGUUUUGCUUUGUAUAUAUCUGUAAUUAUUUGCCUUUUUAUUUAAAUUAUUUGUAUCAUAUCAAUGCCUUGUACAGCGUUUUUCUUUUUUUGUUUGUUUUUAAAUUAUUUUGUAUUUUAUUUUUAUAAACUGGUUAUGAAUAAAUUUACUCAUUCCGCAUGCAGACAGGA